AUGGAGAAGUUGGCUUUCGCGUUGGUGAUCACCACGCGAAGACUUAAGCCGUACUUCCAAGCGCAUACAAUCAUUGUCUUAACAGACAAGUCAUUGAGAAGAGCCAUGAGUAGCCCAGAAGCAGCAGGAAGAAUGGCUUUGUGGACAGUAGAGCUGAGCGAGUUUGAUAUCCAAUACCGCCUGCGGACGACCAUAAAAGGGUACGGGAUACCCAGAGUACUGGUCUCUGACAACGGUAAGCAAUUCGACAACAGCGCGUUCAGAGACUUCUGCUCGGAGUUAGGGAUCAAGAAUCACUACUCGUCACCCGUACACCCACAGGCAAACGGGCAAGUCGAAGUCACGAACCGGUCCUUGCUCAAGAUAAUCAAGACCCGACUCGAAGGGGAAAAGGGUAUUUGGCCAAACGAACUACCAAGCGUCCUAUGGGCAUACUGGACCACGGCAAAAACACCCACUGGAGAAACACCAUUUCGACUUGCAUAUGGAACCGUAGCUGUCAUUCCCGGAGAAGUGGGGCUAACGAGCUACUGGGUGGAGAGCUACAACAAAGAUAAGAACAAAGAGGCCAUAUGCCUCCACCUCGACCUAGUGGACAAAGUUAGAGCGGCAGUAGAGCAAAGGUUGGCGCGUUAUCAGAAUCUCAUGGCAAAACACUACAACACCAAAGUGAGGCAUAGGGACUUCCAGGUCGGUGAUCUUGUACUACGGAAAGUAAUGGGUGCCACUAGAGAUCCUUCAAAAGGAAAACUCGGCCCCAAUUAG